UGUUGCGACAAACAAAUUUACUGUGUAUUUAACAUUAUUACAAGUUAUAUUAUACACCAAUAUGGGCAGUAAUCAAUCUUCAGUCCGAGCUACUCACUUCCAGCGACCUCCCACAAGCACUUCAGCUGAUCCUCUAGGAUCAGACGAACCUGAAGAACAUCACAUUAGUAUUUCUAACAAAAUGGUGGAACGUCUGGUAGAAGACGCAUCACUUCCGGGCGGGGUAAGCAGUUCUGGAUCCACUACAUCAUUGGGAGACUUUAAGGAGACCAUUUAUAUGGAGAAACUAAGAUGCCUGGAUGAUACACAUUCGGAACGCCUUGGACUAACAGUGGACGAAGUUAACGCGCUGACCAGCCGCAUAGAGAUGCGUACAUCCAACAUGGUGAGCGUCGAACCUGUGUGCGCAGACUGCAAGGCGACUGUCAUAGAUUGCUACAACAGCGCGAGGGAACCAGAUGAUGUUGUCAAAUGCUGGGAUGCUAUUGGUGCAUUCACACAAUGCGUACAAGAUGCGGGCGCUGACCGUCUACGCGCGCGGAGUGAACGCGACGCGCGGGAACAAGCCCGCCGCUCACGGCACGUAGCGCAUGCGCGGGAACACGCGCUCAAGGAUCUGUCAGGCGCGCACGGGGACUCGCCGAACAUGUGAUUUUGGCGGGAAAUGCGGAACUAUACUUUGCGAUGUGAUAUACUCUGUGAUAAAUUUUUCA